CAAAGGAUGGAGACCUUGCCACACAGAAGCGCGCGCUAUUUGAUCUUUUUCCAGUAUAUUGGGUCGAAGUACAGCGGCGUGAUGAAGACGCCCCCUCACCAACCGCUGGAGGGUGUACAGAACCACUUAGAGAGAGCCGUGCGAAUGCUGAAGCCGGUGAACGAAGUGUCGGUGUCCAUCUCCAGUCGAACAGACACGGGCGUUCAUGCUCUGUGUAACUCAGCACACGUAGACAUCCAACGCAGGGAAAACAAGCCCCCCUUCUCAGAGCAGACCCUAAUCCAAGCCUUAAACUUCAACCUUAAACCAGAGCCAAUCAGAAUCACCCGUGCCUUUCGUGUACAGAGGGACUUCCACGCUCGUUACCGAGCCAGAUCCAGAACAUAUGUUUACCGUCUGGCCACCAGUGUCAGUCAUCGUACACAAAUGCCUCUGACGGAGAGUGAUCUUUGCUGGGGUAUACACGACACAAAGCUAAAUGUCAGUGCCAUGCAAGAGGCUGGAAGCUUGCUGUUAGGAACCCAUGACUUCAGUACCUUCCGUGCCCUCAACUCUGAGACCCCUUUUAAGAAUCCUGUGAAGACCCUGGAACUGGCCCGGCUGGAACCUGGACUCUCAUUUUCACAGCAGCACUUCCACGGAGAUAUCCAGUUCUGGGAGCUCACUUUCAAAUGUAGGUCAUUUUUAUAUAAACAAGUGCGGAGGAUGACCGGGGCAUUGGUUGCGGUCGGUCAGGGUAAGCUGUCGGUUCGUGAUGUCGGAGAGUUACUCGACGCUCGAGACUCUCUGGCCUACCCGCAGAAUCUGACCGCUCCUGCACACGGCCUGUUCUUGACGGAUGUCCGCUACGAAGAGUCGGGUAAGGAGGAUUCUGCCUUCAGACAUUUGGUUCCUUUUGUUCAAGAUUGA